AUGGCUCCUAAUACUAAUUCUUACACCCGUGUCUUAAUUAUAACGUUAAAGUCACCUCCUAUUAGCAAGUUAACGUCACAGAUCUUAGAGCUAACUAGUGUUAAUCCUUGUAUGGUUAAUCGUAUCUAUAGUAGAGCUAUCGCUGCUAGCUUUAAGCCAAACGUUCUCCCUCUUAAGAUCCUUCCACAGCACGUUCAAGAUGCCCCUCGCUCUAGUAGGCCUGCUAAGCAGACAGAGGAGGUGAAGGAGCAGAUAUUUUAA